CCUCUCAUGUCAGAUGCCGCAGAUGAGCGGAACGGCGAGUGACGUACUUGCGCGUCGGUGAGGAUGGCAUCAAUGUCGUAGUACGAGCUCAUGGUUGAGGUAGGCGACUUGGGUAAUUGUUCAGUACGCGUCUGUAGGAGUACGAAAAAGGAAGGCCAACGCGCUUCGGGCACGCGACGCGCGCAGAUGACCCGAAGCGACGAAGAGAUGAAUGAAGGCAGGAAGACGGUAGAAACGAAAAGCAAAAGGAGAAGCAGUGCUACGACAAGGCUGACAGAUAUCGACAGAGGGGCUUUUGGAGCCUUGCCCAGUGAAGGAGAGGAUUGCGUACCGCUUGACUGCCUGGCCACGAGCACACGGCUUAAAACCGGCACGGAAGCCUUUCUGCUGACCCAAACAACUCAAUCCCAGCUUUGCACAGCAGUAGUUUGCUUUCCCAAGCUCUUCUUCCGGCCGGCAAACUGCUUUCCAGCGAUUGGUGUUGCGAGUCGACACUCGUCAAUCAGCAUUGCCGCGGCGUUCGCCGCCUCGAGGUGCGCCGAGCUUCUGGCACUCCCGUCAUAGCUUCCCCCAGGCCUGAGCCACCCAACCUCUGGCCAGACGCAACGUCAACGUUGUCAGCCGAACUCAACAUCUCCCACCGACCCCUUGGCAGCAGGACACGGUUGCUUGCAGACGAGCUCAAGCUCCCCCUUUCCUAUUUGUCGAUGCGUUUCGGCUGCCCUUAGUCCCUCGCCACG